AUGCUCGGUGGGCAAAACGGAAUCCAAGUCAACGGCAACAAUUCUCAGUCGGUGGUGCUCGGAGGGCAAAACGGAAUCCAAGUCAACGGCAACAAUUCUCAGUCGGUGGUGCUCGGAGGGCAAAACGGAAUCCAUGUCAACGGCAACAAUUCUCAGUCGGUGGUGCUCGGAGGGCAAAACGGAAUCCAUGUCAACGGCAACAAUUCUCAGUCGGUGGUGCUCGGAGGGCAAAACGGAAUCCAAGUCAACGGCAACAAUUCUCAGUCGACAGUGGUCGGAGGGCAAAACGGAAUCCAAGUCAACGGCAACAAUUCUCAGUCGGUGGUGCUCGGAGGGCAAAACGGAAUCCAUGUCAACGGCAACAAUUCUCAGUCGGUGGUGCUCGGAGGGCAAAACGGAAUCCAAAUCAACGGCAACAAUUCUCAGUCGGUGGUGCUCGGAGGGCAAAACGGAAUCCAAGUCAACAGCAACAAUUCUCAUUCGACAGUGGUCGGAGGGCAAAACGGAAUCCAAGUCAACGGCAACAAUUCUCAGUCGGUGGUGCUCGGAGGGCAAAACGGAAUCCAAGUCCACAACCACAAUUCUCACUCGACAGUGGUCGGAGGGCGAAACGGGGUCCAAGUCCACAACCGCAAUUCUCACUCGACAGUGGUCGGAGGGCAAAACGGAAUCCAGGUCCACAGCAACAAUUCUCAGUCGGUGGUGCUCGGAGGGCAAAACGGAAUCCAAGUCCACAACCACAAUUCUCACUCGACAGUCGUCGGAGGGCAAAACGGAACCCAAGUCAACAGC